AACGGCUUCAAUUAUUCAACCAUCUUCCAUUCAACAGUAAGCAAUUGUGGUCUUUGUUCAAGUUUGCUCAAUCUUCUUGUAUUGUCUCCCCCCCUAGUAUACUAGGUAGAAACUUAUUCCAUAUUUUCGAGUAAUGAGCGUUGCUAGCUCCCAUCACCGUAUCGUUCUACUCGUCUUUUCAUUUAUGAGACCUACCUACCUGGUAAGAACUUUGAAUAGACUCAGUACAGACCUUGUUUAGAAUUAGAUAUUCUCUCCUUCGAAAUGCCUCCAACCCUUAUACUUGUUCGUCAUGCUCAAGCUCGUCAUAAUGCAGAAUCGAAUUUUGAAAUCCCAGAUCCGAAUUUGACCGAGGAGGGACAUAAACAAUGCGCAGACCUCCGACAAAGUCUCGUAAAGCAUCCAUUAGCCCAACAAGCUGAGCUCAUACUAGUUUCUCCCUUGCGUAGGACAAUACAGACUGCUUUGAGAUCCGUCGACUGGCUCGUAGAGAAAGGUGUCGGGAUAGAAGCCGAUGCGGACUGGCAAGAAAACUCGCCCAAGCCGUGUGACACCGGAAGCCCUAUUCGUAAACUUAUCCAGGAGUUUCCCAUGGUUGACUUUUCAAAAGUAGAUCCCGUGUUUCCGGAUAAGACAUCGCCAGCGGCAAGCCACUAUCACUUCACCAAGGCAGCCAUCCUGCUUCGCGCUCAAUCGGCCCUGAAGAAAUUGUACGAGCGUCCGGAGGAGGUUAUUGUUGUCGUCUCUCACUCAGCUUUCUUGCGGCUAGCUGUCUCUGGCUACUGGUACUUCAAUGCCGACUAUCGUAUCUUUGACUUUGCGCCAAUGGAUGAGCCUGGAGACCUAUACCGACUUGAACAGCACAAGUCUACUAAGGAGACAGGAGGAGGACUCUCCCGGAGUUGGAUUGAUCCCAUAGUGUUAGGCUCAGACCUGCCAGAAGAGGAUCCGGACGCGGUUAGGCAAGGGGACGAGCGGGGUUAUUAAGACGGCAUUUUAGCUGCCGUUCUUGAAAAGCAAUUAUUACCUAGGUACCUAGGUCCUACAUACUACCCAGAUAGGUAGGCUUAAUGCCGACUGGCCAAGUCGUAACGAAAGUGAGGAUGGUGGCGGUAGUGGUACCAACACUAACUCUUUGAGUCUUUCUCUUAUUACCUCACUUCUUAAGGCUUGAAAAUGAUCGUAGCAUGGAUCAAGCAAAAGGUCUCGCGGCGCAUUUAUUAUUCUCCAUCUCCAUAUUGCUGUGCCGCCGAAGUUCCUGACAAAAAAAAAACUAACUACCAGGGUCUAGGGCUUACUCGGUGGGUUCCCCAAAUAGGUAGGCAGGUAAGAUACAACCAACAACUUGAGCGGAAAUGAAUAUUUGAGGCAGUGCAGUCAAGCCCCCAUCCGAAUGCCUACCUUCAUUGGUAUCGAUGAAACAACUCAUUUUGCGAUUUUACGAGGUUUCGGCUAAUUUGACAGUUUGGAUACAGAAGGCAUUCGCUGUGAAUCGGCUCUAAAGGUAGAAAAGGUCAAAAAAGGCUCGUCUUAAUAUUAAUAGGCAACAGCUUUCGCGCUGACAUGGCACAGCCUCAACUGUUGAUGAGAUGAGAAUGUGGACUACAACCCCAUUGGAUCAGGUCACAUACGAGAUCUGCAACAUCCCGAACGUAACAUUGAGAUCUAAAUAUCAGUCGCAUAUGUAGACUAGUUUGUUAGCAGCUAUCCCUCGCA